UACUAUUACGAAGUCGUCUGCUUCUCUAUUUUUAGCAUCGCAAAUUCUCGAAUUGUAACGUUGCAAUUUUUUAACGAAUUAAUUAUCUGAAAAAAGAUACGUAAAAAAUAAUAAUGAUAGUAAUUCACCCAAAUAAUUUACAAAUAUAUAAUAACAAAUGAUUUAGAGAUGGAAAAAAGUAGUUUUAUUUUAUAUCUUCACUUGAAAAUAUAUGAUCACCUGAAAGCUCUGAAAGAGUCAAUGGAAAAUCUUCCAAAGUUAUCCGUAAAUUGGUUACACAUAGAGAAAUACACAUCCGCCAAUAACUACUUGCUUUUUGUAUUCAGUGUCUGCCUUUUUGUGAUUGUGCUGAUUACCCUGCUUUCACGAACUAUCCUUGUAUGUUUACAAGGAAAUUCUUUCAGCAAUGCUGAAGUGAGUACCAUUAAGAAGAGAAAGAAGGAAGAUAGACAGCCAAUUCAUCACAGUGUUUUUGACUUGGCAAAAACUGCUUAUUUGCCAGGACAUUCUGAACGUUGCAUGGAAGUAAUAAAGACAUGCAACUACGAUGUUGACUGGCCAGAAGAGAGGACAGGGUUGACUUUGUUUUUGUGUGCUUGUAUCAGUGGAAACAAAAGUCUUGUGAAUUUUAUGUUAGAAAGAGGGGCUGAGGUCAAGGUAACAACAAAAGAUUGCUUAGAUAGUGCUCUUUAUUUGGCAACUUAUGGAUACCUUAACUCCAAGAAUCCAGAACUAACACUGAUUUCAUCUCUUUUAGAAGCUGGCUGUGAUGUGAACCAACAGAAUAAAGCAGGUUUUACAGCCUUACACCAGUCAGCCUCUAAAGGCAACAUUCUGCUGACUGACUUCCUGUUGAAAAAUGGUGCAGAUCCCGGUAUUACUACAAAAUGUGGUGUACUGCCAGUGCAAUUAGCAGCUAGUAGAGAUCAUAGAGAAGUUGCCGAACUCCUAGCUAAGUACAUGGUAUCAUCAUCCCUACCCCAAAACGGAGAACCACACAGUCCUGUCCGCAGCCUGCUUGGUUUAAUGAGUCCACCCAAGAAAUAUUUGGCUGAGUCUAAAGUAGUUCGUAGUAAUUCUAAACAUAGAAAAUCGUUUUAAACUAUAAGUUAUAAAAUCACUCGUCAGCCUUGUUAAUCCUAACCUUUCAUUCAGUGAUGUUUUUGAGGCAUUCCAAAACCAAUUUUAUCAAUGUGUUGUUAGUUUUAUACUUAUUAAUUAUUUAAAAACACAAG